AUGAAAAACAAGCUUAAAAAGGUAGUCCAGGAAUCCUUGGCUCAAACUUUUGUGAAGAAGCCUCUCCCUGACCCACAUCUAAGUGAUUCUGGCCCAUCCACAUCUGAUCCUAAGGUGCUCUCUCCUGGUCAAACGGGAAAGGGAGUCCCACCAGCAGAUGGAAAAGAAACUCCAGAACUUAUAUCGCCUCUGAUUCAAGCAGUAAAGGUUUCUGAGAAUGGUUCAAAUGUGAAAGUUGUAGAGGAUGAAAGUGGGAUUAAUGAUCCAGAUAAGCAGCAAAGUUUUAGGAGAUGGUGGCUUAAGUAUAAGCCUACUUUUGGGUGUCUAGGGGAGACACAUGUUUUGGAGCCUAAUGCUAGAAGGAUUAUAGCUUCUAUUCUGCGAGGUUGGAGAAUGGAGCCAAAUUAUGAGUAUUCUCAUAUUGGAAAGCUUUGGGUGGUUUGGGACCCGGCGAUUUCGCUGAUUGUUUAUAACAAGUCCCUACAACAAAUCACUUGUGGAGUGGAAAUCCCUGGGAUUAGCACGAGUUUUACAACCACUUUUACCUAUGCUUCGAACAUAAAAGCAGAGAGAAGAGACCUCUGGAAGGAGCUGCAAGUUAUUGCUACAAACAGAUACCUAGUGGGGUCUCCAUGGUUGGUCACAGGUGACUUUAACCAAACCCUUACGGCUUCUGAUCACUCACUCAGAGAAGAAUUUGAUGGUCUUUCCGCAGGAAGCAGAGAGUUCCAGCACUGCUUGAAUGUUACUGGCCUCUUUGACCUACCAUACACUGGCCCGGUUUUUACUUGGUGGAACCACAGGAGAGCUACCCCUAUAGCAGAAAAGCUUGACAGAAUUCUAGGUAACGAUCAAUGGCUUCUAUCAUUCCCUGAGGCUCAUGCCAGCUUUGAAGCGCCUCUGUUUUCUGAUCAUGCAGCCUGCUGUAUUAGAAUUCCGGAUUCUGCUACUACUCCAAAGAGACCUUUCAAGUUUAACCUCCAUCUGCUACAACAUCCGGAUUUCCUCUCAAUUGUGGAAGAAGCUUGGAGAGGUUUUGAGGUGGAAGGUUCCCCAAUGAAGCAAGUUAGUAGAAAGCUCAAGCUCCUAAAACGAAUUUUGAAGGAGCUUGACCAUUCUGCCUACUCAAACAUUCAGAAGAGAACAGCGGAAACCCUAGCACAGCUUCAACAAUCUCAGAAUGCUAUGCUUUCGGAUCCUUCUAGAGGAGGCAGAGAGAGUUCUUUUGGCCCUUAA